CCUUUCUGCCGGCCUCACGGGCUAUUUAAAGAUACGGGCCGCGGCCACGACCGCACCGUUCUGGGCGGGGGUCUGGGGAGCGCAGCAGCCAUGGCCAGCCACCUCGUGCUCAACAACGGCGCCAAGAUGCCUAUCCUGGGGCUGGGCACCUGGAAGUCCCCUCCAGGGCAGGUGACUGAGGCCGUGAAGGUGGCCAUUGACGUCGGGUACCGCCACAUCGACUGUGCCCAUGUGUACCAGAAUGAGAAUGAGGUGGGGGUGGCCAUUCAGGAGAAGCUCAGGGAGCAGGUGGUGAAGCGUGAGGAGCUCUUCAUCGUCAGCAAGCUGUGGUGCACGUACCAUGAGAAGGGCCUGGUGAAAGGAGCCUGCCAGAAGACACUCAGCGACCUGAAGCUGGACUACCUGGACCUCUACCUUAUUCACUGGCCAACUGGCUUUAAGCCUGGGAAGGAAUUUUUCCCAUUGGAUGAGUCGGGCAAUGUGGUUCCCAGUGACACCAACAUUCUGGACACAUGGGCGGUCGAAUUCGCUGGCACUGAAGAGUGAGGGCAGGACCCAUUAAACUGGUGCAAAAGACACUUCUGAUCCUGUGCUUUCUGGGCUCGUUUCUGCACCACACAGACACACGUUUCUCUGUAGGCCAUGGAAGAGCUGGUGGAUGAAGGGCUGGUGAAAGCUAUUGGCAUCUCCAACUUCAACCAUCUCCAGGUGGAGGCGAUCUUAAACAAACCUGGCUUAAAAUAUAAGCCUGCAGUUAACCAGAUUGAGUGCCACCCGUACCUCACUCAGGAGAAGUUAAUCCAGUACUGCCACUCCAAAGGCAUCGUGGUGACCGCCUACAGCCCCCUCGGCUCUCCUGACAGGCCCUGGGCCAAGCCCGAGGACCCUUCCCUCCUGGAGGAUCCCAGGAUCAAGGCGAUUGCAGCCAAGCACAAUAAAACUACAGCCCAGGUCCUGAUCCGGUUCCCCAUGCAGAGGAACUUGGUGGUGAUCCCCAAGUCUGUGACACCGGAACGCAUUGCUGAGAACUUUAAGGUCUUUGACUUUGAACUGAGCAACCAGGAUAUGACCACCUUACUCAGCUACAACAGGAACUGGAGGGUCUGUGCCUUGUUGAGCUGUGCCUCCCACAAGGAUUACCCCUUCCAUGAGGAGUUUUGAAGCUGUGGAUGCCUGCUCAUCCCUAAGUGACCUAUACCUGUGUUUCCUGCCUCAUUUUUUUUUCUUGAAAAUGUAGUAUGGCCUCUGUCACUCAGCAGCGGGACAGCAACCUGUAGAGUGGCCAGCGAGGGCGUGUCUAGCUUGAUGUUGGAUCUGAAGAGCCCUGUCAGUAGAGUAGAAGUCUCUUCUAGUUUGCUUUGCCCUUCUUUUUGCCCCGCUGGGGAAAGUACAACCUGAAUACUCUUUUCUGACCAAAGAGAAGCAAAAUCUACCAGGUCAAAAUAGUGCUACUAACAGUUGAGUUUUGACUGCUUGGAACUGUAAUCCUUUCAGCAAGACUUCUCUUUGCCUCAAAUAAAAAGUGCUUUUGUGCGCUUGG